AUGUACGUGAGUUACCUGCAGCUGGACAAGGACCCCAACAUGUACCAGAACCCGGGCCCGAGGCACCCUCUGAGCCUCAGUCCGCAGAGCUUCACCUCCGCCCCGCCGCAGUACUCAGACUUCCCCGGGUACCACCACCACCCGCACCACCACCCGCACCACCACCCUCACCACCCGGGCUUGACCACCGAUCAGCAGGCCGGGGGCUCCGGGGGAAACACCGGGGGAUGGAGCUCCUCUUACCCGCCUCCCCCGCCUCCAUCCCGGGAUGAAUGGUCGUCUCACUACGCGGCGGCGGUGGCAGGAGGGGGACCUUCAUCCUCCGGGGGAUCCGCGGUGGUGGGCCCCUCUCUGGGGUUCAACCCGGCGGAUUUCCCCGGGCAGCUGAACGCCUCGGUCGGCCAGAUGUCGCCCGGAUCCCCGCAGAGGAGGAACCCGUACGACUGGAUCCGCCGGAGCUCCGCGCCCACAUCCAACCCCAUUAGGAUGCAGAUCCGACGGGGUGUGGAGCUUCCCCACGGCCCUCCGGAUCAAAGAGGCCGCUGUGAUGCUAAUGAAGCCCGGCUGAAAGGAGGGAGGAUCCGGGCGGAGGCGCUUUGUCCUCCGCUGUCUCUGGGCGGAGAAGACACGGAGGAACAAGACUGUCCGCACUUUGAAGUGUGA